AUGUCGUCUGGGAACGCGGGGUCCGGCGGGCGGGAGGGCGCCCCGCGCGCUGCUGCCGCGCUCUGCGGCCUGUACCACGAGGCGGGGCAGAGGCUGAGGCGCCUGCAGGACCAGCUGGCCGCCCGGGACGUCCUCAUAGCGCGCCUCCGCGCCCGUCUGGCCGCGCUCGAGGGGGACACGGCGCCGUCGCUCGUGGACGCGCUGCUGGAGCAGGUGGCGCGCUUCCGGGAGCAGCUGCAGCAGCGGGACGGCGGCGCCGCGGAGGCCGCGCUGCGCCAGGAAAUCGAGAGACUUUCCGAGCAACUAGAAGAAAAAGAGAGGGAGACGCAGCAGCUGAUGAGCCAGCAGGAGCGGGAGCAGAAGCAAGUGGCCCUGCUGAGGAGAAGCGCGGCCCAGAAGGGGCGGGCCCCAGCCGCCAGCGACAUUCUGUGCCGCUCCUUGGCCGAUGAGGCGCAUCAGCUGCGGAGGACUCUGGCCGCCACCGCCCACAUGUGCCAGCAUCUGGCCAAGUGUCUGGAUGAAUGCCAGCGCGCACAGGGGGACGCAGGGGAGAGGAGCCCUGAGGUAGGCUCUGGGGACGGCUCUGUCCACGUGGUGGUUGAGAAGUUGCGAGAGGAGAAUCGGCGGCUGAAGCAGAGGGCGACUCACGUGGAAGACCUCAAUGCCAAGUGGCAGCGCUACGACGCCAGCAGGGACGAGUACGUGAGGGGGCUCCACGCACAGCUGAGAGGGCUGCAGGCCCCCCUCGAGCCUGAGAGGCCCUCCCCGCCCGAGCUGAUGAGGAAGGAGAUCUCCCGGCUCAACACACAGUUGGAGGAGAAAAUCAACGACUGCGCAGAAGCGAGGCGGGAGCUGGAGGCCGCGAGGAGGGCCCGGGACGCCGCGCUGGAGCGGGUGCAGAUGCUGGAGCAGCAGGUGCCCCCCACCCCGGGGCCGGGCGCUGGGAGGGUUGACCGGGAGCGGGCUCAGAGUCGGAUCCAGGAGUUGGAGGAACGGGUGGCCUUGCUGCAGCGCCAGGUACCCUGCAAACAGGAUCCUCGAGAGCCAGGCUCUUGCCGGAUUCACAUUGGGGGCAAAACUCCCGGGUACUUGGAGACUGACGCUUCGGAGCUCGUGGCACCCGGUGGCUGGAGGCCUGGGAUGGGAUCCCAGUGGCCAGAACUCCCCGCAGAGGGCGGGAGCCCCGGAGCAACCCAGAGAGGCCAGGGGGACCUUCAGUGCCCUCACUGCCUGCGGUGCUUCAGCGACGAACAGGGGGAGGAGCUCUUCCGGCACGUGGCCGACUGCUGCCAGUGA